AUAGCUCAAACAGUUGGUGUGUUGUCAAGUAGGGCAGUUACGUGUGUUUGCGAUCAGAGGAUCACUGGUUCGAGCCAGUAUGGGGGAAAGGGACAGUGGAGGAAGUUAUACUGUUACCAGAACACUGACGUCCAUCUCACUCGACAGGGAUACUAGGAGAUAUAGUAGAGAAAGAGAGAAACAGGAGAGGGUACAACAGAAUGCUGUGGGUGCACUGUCGUGUAAGUGCAUUUUAUACACAUGCAAACUCUGUUUUAAACGCAUUUGUUUUUUCAGCCCCAUUUCAAUAUCAUGUCCUUAUAAUUGCUCUUGAUAACUGCAUUCUCCGUCUCCGGUUUAGUGCACGCUGUCCCAAGCCGUUGCAGGUCUUUCAAUUCAGUUCAUGCAAUAAGAAAGGAUAAUCCUUGACCACCCUAUUACUUAAUGUAUCUAUUUCCAUUGUCAUUGGUGUGUAGUAAAAAAACCCACCCACAUGGGAUCGCCGCCCGCUGAUAAAAACUGAAAAAGACAAUGCGGAAGUAAAACUGGGAGCGGGUUUGUUUUUUGUGUCCACCAUUCUUUCCUUGUGGACGUAUACAUACUAGCUGAAUACCCAACUCUCAGUCCACUGAAACAUGUCUAAACUACAGUCGUUUCGUGUGUUUUUAAAUGAGCGUUUAACUGCGGCAGCUGUGGAGAUUUUUGGGGCAGUUGAAGAAACGGUAGUGGAGUACCAGGAGGAGAAUGAUCGGCUACGGAGACUGCUGCGCAUCACACCGAUUAUAAAACGAUGUAAAAUAGACUCCCUGCAGCUCUCUCUCUCUGUCUCUGAAGAGGAGGUUACCCCUGAGCAGCAGCACUGUGAGCAGGAGUGGAGCCCCAGUCUGGGGCAGGAGAACCCAGAGCUUCCACAGAUUAAAGAGGAGCAGGAGGAACUCAGGACCAGUCAGGAGGAAGAGCAGCUUCAAGGGCUGGAAGCUGAUAUGAUAGAGUUCAAAUUCAUUCCUUCCUGUGUGAAAAGUGAACGUGAUCAGGAGGACCCACUUCAGUCCUUGACUCUUCCCCAAACCCAGACUGUGGAGAACCGAGAGAGUGACCCUAAACAAGUGGAACUCACACCUUUUGUUACUGUGACCCACCUUAAGGGUCUCUACAUUCCCUGUGACCCUCAAGAUAAUCAAAACAAUACCUCCAGCCAAAGCUCAGCCGUAAGCAGCGACCCAGCGGCACUUGACAGCAGCCCAUCAUUGGAUCCCAACCCACCAUUGGAUUCCAGCCCAUCAUUGGAUCCAAACCAGUCAAUGGUGGAACACUGUUUCAAACGCUGCAACAUGUCUAGAAAAACUCACCGCUGCCGUGACUGUGGCGAAAUGUUUGCAAUGAAAGCUGACCUGCAGAGGCAUGUGACUCUAUUUAAGAAGGGGCCCAGUGAAUGUCGCUUCUGCAAAAGAAACUACAACUCCACCUGUAAACUAAAGGCCCAUGUCCGACUCUAUCACAGUGGGAAACCCUGCACCAGCCCUGUUUGUAGCAAGACCUUCAAACUCAAAGGGGAUCUGUCCAAGCACAUGAAGACUCACACGGGAGAUAAAUCAUUUAAGUGUGGUGACUGUGGGAAAAUCUUCAAUCAGAAGUGGACCCUAAGGAAGCAUAAACUGACUCACACAGGAGAGAAACCAUUUAUCUGUGGAGACUGUGGGAAAAGCUUCUAUCAGAAGGGGGACUUAAGUAGGCAUAUACGGACUCACACAGGAGAGAAAUUAUUUAUCUGUGGUGAUUGUGGGAAAAGCUUCAAUUUGAAAGGGAACCUUAGGAAGCAUAAACUGACUCACACAGGAGAGAAACCAUUUCUCUGUGAUGACUGUGGGAAAAGCUUCAGUCAGAAGGGGACCCUAAGGAAGCAUGAACUGACUCACACAGGAGAGAAACCAUGUAUCUGUGGAGACUGUGGGAAAAGCUUCAGUCAGAAGGGGACCCUAAGGAAGCAUAAACUGACUCACACAGGAGAGAAACCAUUUAGCUGUGAUGACCGUGGGAAAAGUUUAACUUAAAAGUCUAACUUACUGAUCCAUGUGAAAAACAAGAAAACAGGAUGAAAACUGAAAGAAGAACAAAAAUUAGGACAAAGAUCUAUUCAGUCAGAAGAUGAGAAUAAAAGGGCAGGAUGGGGACAAUACUCUUGAGUACACGCUCAUAGACUCACAUCUAUUGGUUGGUGGAGGACGAUACGAUGAUACCUCUCAUAGGGAUCUGCUCUCCAUGCUUCAGGAUUAAAGUUCCUCUGGUCUCUGAUCUAUUCUAUUGGUAACCUGCUGUUUCUCUCCACAGUGCUCUCUGCUACUCUCUGGUCUACAUGGAGGGCCGAGCUACUUUACAACUGUCUGGAGGGAGAGAUAGAGGUCACAGAAUGAGGUUUCUAGUCUCAACACUCUCCAAGGCUUUAGAGGAAAAGACUACCUUUUCAGGUCAUGUGACAAGUGUCUUCUCCUCUGACAGUGCGCUGCUAAUGAACUCAGUGAUGAUGCUUAUUUUCUCACCACUAGAUGACACUGUUGGAGCUGUGAUCGCAGUUGCCCUGCAGGUCUAACUUGUUAGUCAUUUCAGUUCAUUCUCCACAAACCUAUGAGGGUAUAAUGUUAAAUAAAUCAACACUGUUACCCAUUACUAAACAUAUUGAAACACACACACACACACAUUGUAUUAUAGCCAAACAGGACCAUGCUAAACUGAACAGGACAUGACUGACCAUGGGAAUGAGGGUGAGGUCUUAGGUGAUGUGUACUGGGGUCAAUUGUGACUGACUACUUUUUAAUGUAUACAUUACAUGUUUUUACUUACCAGGUAAGUUGACUGAGAACAUAUUCUCAUUUACAGCAACGACCUGAUGAAUAGUUACUGGGGAGAGAGGGGAGGGGGGGGGGGGGGGGGUGAAUGAGCCAAUUGUAAACUGGGGAUGUAGGUGGCCGUGAUGGUAUGAGGGACAGAUUGGGAAUGUAGUUUAUCUUGCCCUCUUUGCGUGUACACACACAGAAACUCUGUUUUAAAUGCAUUAUUGUUUUUUCAGUCGCAUUUCCAUAACAUUCUUUAUAAUAGCUGUUGAUAACGGCUUUCUCUGGUUUAGUGCUUGCUGUCCCAUCAGUCCCAAGCUGCUGCCAUUAGUAGCAUGUGUUACAAUGUGUUGUCUUUCAAUUCAGUUCAUGCAAGGAAUGAUCAGCCUAUUACAUAACAUGUGGGAAAACAAUUACAUAAUAUAUUUACAUUAUAAUUUGCAUGGCGCUUGUAGUAUAACCCCAUCCACAUCGGGGCCAUUUAUGUUUAUGGACAAGCCACCAGCUGAUAAAAACAGACUAAGACAAUACGGAAGAAAAACUGUGAGCGGUUUGUUUUGUUUGUGUCCACCAUUCUUUCCUCGUGGACGAAGGUAUAGUAGCUGAAUACCCAACUCUCCGUCGACAGAAACAUGUCUGCACUACAGUCGUUUCGUGUGUUUUUAAAUGAGCGUUUAACGGCGGCAGCUGUGGAGAUUUUCGGGGCAGUUGAAGAAACGGUAGCAGAGUACGACGAAGAGAAUGAUCGACUACGGAGACUGCUGCGGAUCACACCGGAGAUAAAACUAUGUAGAAUAGACUUGCUGCAGCUCUCUGUCUCUGAAGAGGAGGUUCUCCCUGAGCAGCAGCACUGUGAGCAGGAGUGGGGCCCCAGUCUGGGGCAGGAGAACCCAGAGCUUCCACAGAUUAAAGAGGAACAGGAGGAACUCAGGACCAGUCAGGAGGAAGAGCAGCUUCAAGGGCUGGAGGCUGAUAUGAAAUUCACUCCUUCCGGUGUGAAAAGUGGUGAAUGUGAUCAGGAGGACCCACUUCAAUCCUUGACUCUUCCCCAAACCCAGACUGUGCAGAACAGAGAGAGUGACCCUAGGGGUGCGUUCAGUUCGUUUGCUACGUUGCGGAAUGAAUCUCUGCAGCUCUCUGUCUCUGAAGAGGAGGUUCUCCAUGAGAAGCAGCACUGUGAGCAGGAGUGGAGCCCCAGUCUGGGGCAGGAGAACCCAGAACUUCCACAGAUUAAAGAGGAACAGGAGGAACUCAGGACCAGUCAGGAAGAAGAGCAGCCUCAAGGGCUGGAGGCUGAUUUCAAAUUCAUUCCUUCCUGUGUGAAAAGUGAAUGUGAUCAGGAGGACCCACUUCAGCCCUUCACUUCUCCCCAAACCCAGACUGUGGAGAACAGAGAGCAUGACCCUAAACAAGUGGAUCUCACACCUUUUGUUACUGUGACCCACCUUAAGGGUCUCUACAUUCCCUGUGACCCUUCAGAUAAUCAAAACAAUCCCUCCAGCCAAAUCUCAGCCGUAAGUAGCGACCCAGUGGCACUUGACUGCAGCCCACCAUUGGAUCCCAGCCCGCCAUUGGAUCCAAAUCCAUCAGUGUGUUUCAAACCCAUCACCACGUCUAGAAAAACUCCCCACUGCCGUGACUGUGGUGAAAAGUUGGCAGAGAAAACUGACCUGCAAAGGCAUGUGACUCUCAUCAAGAAGAAAGUCAGUGAAUGUUGCUUCUGCAGAAUACGCUACAACUCCACCUGUAAACUGAAGGGCCAUGUCCGCCUCUGUCACAGUGGGAAACCCUGCACCUGCCCUGUUUGUGGCAAGACUGUCAAACUCAAAGUCGAUCUGUCCAAGCACAUGAGGAUUCACACAGGGCAGAAACGUUAUUGUUGUGGCGACUGUGGGAAGAGCUUUAAUCGCAAGGGGGCCCUAGCCGCGCAUAUACAGAUUCACACAGGAGAAAAAACAUUUAACUGUGCUGACUGCGGGAAAAGCUUUAAUUUGAAGGGUAAACUUUGGAAGCAUAAACAUACUCACACAGGAGAGAAAUCAUUUGACUGUGGAGACUGUGGGAAAAGCUUCUCCCAGAAGGGGAACCUUAGUAGGCAUAUACUGACUCACACAGGAGAGAAACCAUUUAGCUGUGGUGACUGUGGGAAAAGCUUCCAUUUAAAGGAGAACCUAAAGAAGCAUGAACUGACUCACACAGGAGAGAAACGAUUUAGCUGUGAUCAUUGCGGGAAAAGAUUCAAACGCAGGGAAAACUUAACCACGCAUUUACUGACUCACACAGGAGAGAAACAAUUUAGCUGUUGUGACUGUGGGAAAAGCUUCUCCCAGAAGGGGAACCUUAGUAGGCAUAUACUGACUCACACAGGAGAUAAACCAUUUAGCUGUGGAGACUGUGGGAAAAGCUUCUCCCAGAAGGGGACCCUAACUGCACAUAUACGGACUCACACAGGCAAGAAAUAAUUAAGCUGUGAUGUGUGCGGAGAAAGCUUCACUCGAAAGUCUAAUUUACUAAUCCAUGUGAAAAACACCCACAAUCAUGGAAAACAGGAUGAAAACAGAAAACUAGGACAAAAAUCUAUUCAGUCAGAAGAUGAGAAUAAAAGGGCAGGAUGGGGACAAUACUCUGAGUACACGCUCAUAGACUCACAUCUAUUGGUUGGUGGAGGACGAUACGAUGAUACCUCUCAUAGGGAUCUGCUCUCCAUGCUUCAGGAUUAAAGUUCCUCUGGUCUCUGAUCUAUUCUAUUGGUAACCUGCUGUUUCUCUCCACAGUGCUCUCUGCUACUCUCUGGUCUACAUGGAGGGCCGAGCUACUUUACAACUGUCUGGAGGGAGAGAUAGAGGUCACAGAAUGAGGUUUCUAGUCUCAACACUCCAAGGCUUUAGAGGAAAAGACUACCUUUUCAGGUCAUGUCACAAGUGUCUUCUCUGACAGUGCACUGCUAAUUAACUCAGUGAUGACACUUCUCCUUUCUCCCCACUAGAUGGCACUGUUUGAGAUAUGAUCCCAUCACACCAUCUCUGAUGUAUGUAAAACUUGUUAGUCAUUUGAAAUCAUUCUUCACAGACCUAUGAAGGUAUAAUGUUAAAUGAAUCAACAAUGUUACCCAUUACUAAACACAUUAAAACACACACACCAAACAGGACCAUGCUAAACUGAACCAGACAUGACUGACCUGGACUGGCCAUAAGGGGAUGUCAUAUAUUUUGUGUACUGUGGGGUCAAAGGUGACUGUAAAUCAGGAUUAGGUUUUUAACGUCUGAGUGGUAUACUACGAAACAAGCUAAAUCAACUCAGAGUUUUCUAAAGCUAACCAGCUUCAGUUAGCUUCACAUUCCAGCUCAGGCUUCAUCAAUACUUUGACAGUGGAUAUUGCUUGUCCGCCUGCCGCUAACUCUAGCAGGCUUGUAGCUGCGCUUCCACGUCACACAUAGUUAGUCAAACGCCAAACUCUUCGUUGAGACAGUGCUGAAAAAUCAACCCAUGUGCGAGUCAGUGCCAUAGUUUCAUUUGUGAAGAAAUCAAAAUGAAAGAAAAUUGAUCUUACAGAUUCAGCAGGCUAUGGUGUGAAAUAGGCUUUUAGAAGUGUUGUCUUUAUUUGAUUACUUAAUUCAUUAAUGCCGUCUUUGGUGUGCUUAUCACUCCUUAUUCUAUGUGUGGAACAGCUUGUUGUGUUGUGGCAAUAGACAUAAUCCAUAGAAGGGUUUUGUGACCUUUGACCCUGUCAGUUUGACUGUUAAACUCAUGGGUACACUAGCAAUGGCUGGCAGUCUUGACUUGAAUAGGAACUACCAUCUAUGGUUGGUUGUGGCGGUCAGUUUGUCUUUUGUAAAUUUCUAAAUACAAUAAGUGCGAAAAACAUACAGUUUGGUAAGCAAAUGCUGUUGUUACUUUUUUGUUUAUUUGUUUUCAUUUAAAAUUGUCAAAAUCACAGUAAGGUACUGAAUUGUAACCCAGAAAUGAUUUGAUAUUGAGAUAAAAACAGCUGCAUUAGACCUUUAAAUGCUCUCCAAAGGAGGACAUAUUGUCAUUCUAUACAUAUAGGCUACUAGCCUAAUGAAUAAAUAAAGAUAAACCUAUGUUUGUGCAUCAGUGUCCCUCUGCCGAAGAGAUGUCAGUAUGACAUCUUACUAUAGCAAAAUGACAUUGGCUAAGGCUAGCUGGCCAGUCAAGUGGAUCUAUUACACUAACAAGGAUCCUAUCAGUAGGGUACAACAACAUGAGAAGGUAGAAUGUAUAUUGUAUUUCUAAUCUCUCUCUCAUUCCCUUCCUGUGUGGGUGGGUGUAAAUGAUUUCUCUAGGGACUACAGGAGGGCCUGGUUUACCAUUAGGUAGUCUGAGCACCCAUAGGCACACCAUGUUCAAGAGGAGUGUCACCAUGUUAAGUAAUUACACACAUCGCCUGCUACAGAGCUAUAGGACAAACCAAGGUCGCCUCAUCUCAAGGUUGGAAUACAUUUACUGGAGAAUUCUACAGAGAAUUGACUAAUAUACCCCUUUAUCAAAGCAAGAGCAUGUCUAGUAAGACAUUCAUACUUUUCUAAAAUUGUCUUUUGCUCCAAGUUUGCUUGUUCUUUCAACAGGCAAAGCCAGCGCAGUGUAC